UAGGGCAAAGUUCACUCCGACAGCCCACUGGGGCCACGUGACCGAACGCACCACCGUGAUUGGGCGAGCGGGCAGUCAUAUUCGAGGGGGGGCUCAAUCUGAGUUGAAGUCGCAACGAUGCUCUUGAAUAAGGUACUCAGAGCCGGGAUGCGCUGCGGCGUCGUUCGGCUCCAAAGCUCCAGCGCCACCGCCGCUGAAGCUAAAAUCUCCGGCGAGAAUACCGCAGCAGCUACUGGCUUCUCGUUUGAGUUCACAGAUCAACAGCGAGAGUUCCAACAGCUGGCUCGCAAGUUCGCACGAGAGGAAAUUGUCCCUCACGCGGCAGAGUAUGACAGAACCGGGGAGUAUCCAUUACCUAUCAUCAAAAAAGCGUGGGAGCUGGGUCUGAUGAACGGUCACAUUGCAGAGGAGUAUGGUGGAAUGGGCUUGUCCAUCUUCGACAACUGCCUGAUCACGGAAGAGCUGGCCUACGGCUGCACGGGAGUCCAAACUGCCAUCGAGGCAAAUUCUCUCGGGCAAAUGCCUGUCAUUAUAGCUGGUAAUGAGACACAGAAGAAGAAAUAUCUGGGGAGGAUGACUGAGGAGCCGCUCAUGUGUGCGUAUUGUGUCACAGAGCCGGGGGCGGGCUCAGACGUGGCAGGCGUCAAGACCCGGGCAGUGAAGACUGGCGACGAGUAUGUGGUCAACGGCCAGAAGAUGUGGAUCACAAACGGCGGCAAAGCCAACUGGUACUUCCUGUUGGCCCGCACUCACCCUGAUCCCAAAUGCCCCACCAACAAGGCUUUCACUGGCUUCAUUGUCGAUGCGGACACGCCCGGAAUCCAAGUAGGAAGGAAGGAAAGGAACAUGGGCCAGAGGUGUUCAGACACACGAGGCAUCACUUUUGAGGAAGUGAGGAUUCCAAAGGAGAACGUCCUGCUCGGCGAGGGUGCCGGGUUCAAGAUCGCCAUGGGUGCCUUUGAUAAGACUCGGCCGCCCGUGGCAGCUGGAGCCACCGGGCUGGCUCAGAGGGCCCUCGACGAAGCCACCGCUUACGCUUUGGAGAGGAAAACGUUUGGCAAAGUGAUCGCUGAGCACCAGGCCGUCUCCUUCCUGCUGGCCGAAAUGGCGAUGAAGGUGGAGCUGGCGCGCAUGGCAUACCAGCGCGCCGCCUGGGAGGUGGAUCGCGGCCGGCGCAACACCUAUUACGCCUCCAUCGCCAAGGCCUUUGCCGGCGACAUUGCCAACCAGGUGGCCUCGGACGCCGUGCAGGUCUUUGGCGGCAACGGCUUCAACAGCGAGUACCCGGUGGAGAAGCUGAUGCGCGACGCCAAGAUCUACCAGAUCUAUGAAGGCACUGCUCAGAUCCAGAGGCUCAUUGUUGCCCGCGAACACUUGGCAAAAGCUAAGAAAUAAACCUUGUGUGUGUGUGUGUGUGUGUGUGUGUGUGUGUGUGUACACGUGUAAAAACACAAUCAAGUAACUCAUUUUUUCUUUGCAUUUAAUUCCCCUUUGUCACCUGCUGCCUUGCUCAAUGGAGUCCAGAUUGGAGGUGUGCCCAUGUAAUUGUAACCCUUCAAACGAAUGACACACAUGCCAUCAGAAUGUGAGUUGAAAUAUGAAAGUCCGAUGUACAAAUGCCAAACUGAGAAAAAUAAUGUCCUCAGUGUUUUGCUACAAACGAUAUCUGUGUCUGUUACCUGUUCUAAUAAAGCUGUGACGGAGGCAAAAAA